AUGGAGAUAACCAAUCGAAGCCGAGAGUUUUCACCAGACCAGAAUAAUGAUACCAGUCAGAAGGGAGAACUCGAGAAUGUCCCUGAACCGAUAAUCAGUAAUAUGCCAGAUGCCGACGAAGCUCCUGCUUCUUUCAUGGGAUUCGAUCUCGAUACAAGCACGAUUUUCACAGCCUUCCGUUCAGACUGGAUAGUUGUCGAGUCCACGAAUGUUCAUAUUUGCGCAGACAAAUGUGCUAUGACAGAGUAUCAUGAAUAUGGGCCAGAUGAGGAAACAUUUGAAUGGAUAUGGCUUGUCGGAGAAGUCCACACGAAGUCCCGGGCUAUCGGAAAGGGCAAGGCUAAUAUCAACCUUGUACUCGAGGGAGGCAAAACUAACACUCUGUCGAUUGAUUGUUUUUACGACCCGAAGUCAAUAUUCAGUAUUUUCUCAACUGAAAAGCCCCUUCAAGAUCGUUUCAUUUUUUAUGACGAUGAGAAUCACACCUUUCACGAUUUAAGGAACAAGAUGCAAGUCAUAGGACACGCUGUUGAAGAAAAUGGAUAUCCCUUCCUUAAGACAACUGAUUCAACCAUCAAGGAAAGGUUCCUACAAUAUGUAAGAUCUAAAUGCAAGUAUCCGGAAAAGGCUGCCUUGACCAUAGCUGAACUAAUCGGAUAA